GUAGACAUGCGUUUCCUGAUUUUGACUGCAAAUCUAUUAUGCAAUUCAGGAGAGAGAUUGAGGAAGCAAGCAAGUUUCUCCCGAAAGACAAUGAUUUGUUUGUUAGUUUCAGUAGUAGUCAGUUCACUCAGUUGUUGCCCAAUGAGCCAGAGGAAGAAGCUAACGCUGUGGUGGUGGAAAUUUAGAAGCAUGGGGAUCAGUACUCCUUUGAUGGGUCACGGGGAAGGAAGCAUCCUCUUCGUGAGGACGGGGAUUCAGAGAUGGAGAGGAGCACCAAGCAGUCAGCUUUUUGUACUGAAUCAACUGUGAGAACAGAAAUGUUUGAUAUGAUGUUAUUGUCUAUUAGAGAGAAAAAUAUGUCUGCACUCCGUGUGGCCUUGCAGGAUAGACUCUUGGAAAAUAAGCGUCGAAAUGGUCGACUGAAGGGAUCUAAUGGUAGAAAGGGCCACAAAAUGAAACGAGGAGCAGAGAGGGAUGUGGUGGAUUUGAAAACUCUUCUAAUCCUCUGUGCAGAAGCAGUCGCAGUUAAUGAUCGAAAGAGUGCGAAUGAGCUACUGAAACAUAUCAGAGAACACUCUUCUGCUACUGGAGAUGGGAUACAGAGACUGGCCACCUAUUUUGCAGAUGGCCUUGAAGCACGCUUAACUGGUUCUGGAAGUCAGAUUUAUGCUAUUCUUUUUGCCAGGAAACUAACAGCUGCUGAGAUCUUGAAAGCUCUCUAUCUGCUUUUUUCAGUGUGCCCAUUUUGGAAGCUCACCAAUUUCUUCUCAAGCAAGACAAUUUUGCAUGCAGCUGAGAAAGCAACAAGGCUCCACAUUAUUGAUUUUGGAAUUUCCUAUGGUUUCCAGUGGCCUUCCUUCAUAGAACAGCUCUCAGCUAGAGUGGGUGGGCCUCCAAAGUUACGGAUUACCGGGAUUGAUCUUCCACUACCGGGUUUCAAAGCAACAGAAAUGAUUGAGGAGACAGGGCGUCGCUUAGCAAAUUAUGCAGAGAGUUUUAAUGUUCCGUUUGAGUUCAAUGCUAUAGCGAAAAAAUGGGAAAUGGUUCAAUUGGAUGAUAUCAAGAUUGACAGGGAUGAGGUGCUCGUGGUGAACUGGAUGUUUCCAUAUCAAAGCCCACUAGAUGAGACUGUUAUGUUUGAGAGCCCAAGGGAUAUGGUUCUUAACCUAAUAAGGAAGAUGAAUCCAGAUGUAUUUAUACAUGGGGUUUUGAAUGGUAACCAUGGUACUCCCUUCUUCCUCACACGAUUUCGAGAAGCUGUCUUCCACUAUUCUGCUGCGUUUGAUAUGUUUGAAAGUACUAUGCCCCGGGAGAUUCCAGAGAGGAUGCUGCUUGAAAGGGAUAUAAUUGGGCUAGAGGCAAUGAAUGUCAUUGCAUGUGAGGGCUUUGAGAGGAUUGCGAGGCCAGAAACAUAUAAGCGGUGGCAAAUCCGAAAUAUUAGAGCUGGGUUUAGGCAGCUCUCUUGGAACGAGGAGAGCAUUAGGGUAGCAAAGGACUUUGUGACUUCAGGUUACGACAAGGAUUUCAUAUUUGACGUAGAUGGCCAGUGGUUGCUGCAAGGAUGGAAGGGUCGAAUUCAAAGUGCUCUGUCUGCUUGGAAGCCUCUUAAUUAAUCUAGUACAUGUUCAUUGCUAUUUGUGGUAGGGUAACAUCAUGGUUUCCUCAUGGCGGAUUUCCCCCUAUUUUUGUGCUAUAUGAGUUAUCAUAGACUUGCUCUCUGGUGCAAUUAUGGUUCUGCAUUCUCUGUCUGUUCUCUCUCUCUCUCUCAGACACACACACACACAUACACCCUUUUGUACACAUUUUGAACUUGAUAUCUGUAAUUAUUUCUGCGACUUCUCACUUCACUCAAUUGAGAAGUGGGAGCAGGGAGUUUCUGUGCUGU